AUGAACAACCUUGAACCGCCUCCUACUUCUAGGUUGCCUCCAAUCAAAGCCCUCAGAAUCUCCACAGCUGAAUCUCUUGACUCGGCUCUCACCUAUCUGAGGCUUCGCUAUAGCCCGGAGGUGCGGGGAACCAAGCGCACAUCACGAAAAGUCGUUUUUUCGUCGUACGCCGUGGCAAAAUGUGUUGACAGCAACCAGGAAGGUCUUGACGGCCACGAACCUUCUGACGAUUUCGAUGAUCUACGCGGCUCGGAUGACUUCGAGCGAUCGUAUGCGCUCAGAUGGCUCACUUGCCUUAUCGCCCAACUAGACGACACCGGUGAUGAUCAAGAAGCCGCCAACGAAGCCGCCAUCCCUCUCGAUCGGAGAGAGAUCCUGAUUCAAGAAGCGGCCUCCUUGCUCGCCCUAUGCUCCGGUACGGCAGGUGCUGGAAGCUUCAUUCGCGAGUUCAGUUUCGCGACAUCAUCACACUCAUCGCCGCCAUCGCCUACUACGGAAGCCGUUGGUACAAUUCAAAUCCAGCUACGCGAUGUCCCGUUAGACAACCACGACUACGGCAGCGUCGGUGCCCAGACGUGGGGAGGAGCGUGUGUUCUCUCCGCAGAAAUUGCUGAAAAUCCCUCGAAGUUCGGUCUAUUAUCCUCCUGCGACCAGCUGCGCGUCCUCGAGUUAGGAGCCGGUACGGGAUUGGUUAGUCUCACGAUCGCAAAGUUGCUGGAACAGCGCGUCAAGAAAGCCUUUAUCCUAGCCUCCGACUUCUUCCCCUCCGUAUUGUCCAACCUCAAGUCGAACAUCCACCUCAAUUUCCCGCACCUCCGACCUUCGGACCCAACACAAAUCGAAGGCAGCUUCUUGGAUUGGUCACAAUAUGAAUCUUUAUUACCUCAAAAUCAACAUUCGACGUUCGACCAGCCGUUCGACCUCAUAGUAGGAGCCGACAUCAUUUACGAAGACAAGCACGCUGAAUGGAUCAAACACUGCCUCGAGAUUUUGCUCAAGAAGCCGUCGGCGGGCGGCCAUGCGCCAGCUCCGAAGUUUCACUUGGUAAUCCCGCUUCGUCAUACGCACGAGAACGAAUCGCAUUCGGUGGAGGUCGUGUUUCCGUGGGCAGAUGAUCGAGUAGAAGGCGAGAAAAGGCUGUGUAUCCUUCACAAAGAGAUCAUCUCAUGCGAUGGUCGAAGCGGGAACGAGCGGCCGGGGAAUGCUAAGGAGGAAGUUGAAUACGCAUAUUAUCAUAUUGGCUGGUAUUAG